GUUUUCGUGAAAAUGGUUUUAUUUUAAUUUAUUUAUCAACAAGUGGUUACCUGUGAUUGUGAGGGCUGGCUAUACUGUUUAAGUAUUUAAAUAAAAAUUUUUGUUAUUACGAAAAUAUAAAGCAAAACAAGAAACAAAUUUAAAAAUAAAAAAAAUGUAUAUGAAAUAGUGGCAACUUGAAGUAAAAUACAAAUAAAUAUGUAUAGCAAUGUUGUGAAAGAGAAGAGAUGAGAAAAUUUGUCCCGCUUUGGGCGAUGCGUUUGUUUUUAUCAUGGUGAUCCAAUGCUGCUGUGUCUUGUUUUUAUGGUAGCUCGUACUCCAUCCUCAAAUGUGUUGAAAGCACGAUAAGCAAUAUUGUGAUCAACGAACGACAAAACGACGAGGUGUGAUGUGUUUCUACAGUUUCUUUGCGAUUCAGUCAUCUAUUUUGUGUUCGCUGAGAUUUAGUAGCAAUUCAAAAAUUUACGAAAAAAUACGAUUUUGAGCGAACUUAAUUUGUUUUGAAUGAAAUUCAAAAUACGCACCGCCACAAAAAUACGAUUGAAUAUAAGAUAAUAUUGUCGAGAAGGCUUUUAAGUGCAAUAAUCACACACACACAUACGGAUAUAAACAAAACGAUUCCGUGUAACUCCAAACGAUAACUUCGUAUCAUACCGUACCGAAGUGGAAGUAUAUUUGCGUACGUGCCGAAAGUGAUAAUCAAAAAGUAAUUUCAAGCAACAACACCGUCAGCGUACUAAAUAAAAUUAGUAUUAAACACAGCUCUGGAAAUCAAAACAAAGCAGAAGCUACAUUAAACAUAGCGCUGUAGCUAAUCUGGGCGUCAACAGCUGGCAAGUGCAUUUUUCAACCACAAAUUCAUAAAGAAGUUAUUAAGUUUUACCGGCUCUUAAAAUGGCGACAAACAGUUUAACAUCGUAUAUAGUUUCCAAAUACGAAGGUUUAUGCAAUUAUAUGGAGCAAGACACAAUUGGCACGCAAGCUGCUAUAUAUGGUACAUCCGGUCUAAUGCUACUGAUUGCAUAUAUUAAACGCAAACCGGCAUAUUUGGUGCGUCCUUUCAAAAAACCUUCGCACAUCCCAGAGAAGUUGAUAAAUGAACGCAUUAUGCAUACUGGACUAAUACGUGAUAUAAAAAUGAAAGAUCAGGAUACCAUAUUGCUCAUCAGCCACAGACCGCUAAUACCGAUAUUCGCCAGCAAGGAUAGAGUAUUGCCCGUUAAGUUGCCCGGCAUUAAAGUGAAUGGUAAUGGUGUAUCUUGGUUGCAAUCAUGCAUAGUUGGUCGUCGUGCUACUUUCUUACCACUGGCAAAAAGUAAAAGUGAUGAUUUUGUUGUGAGUCAACUGUGUUUAGUGCACCCGCCCAAAGGUGGACGUCUAAUCGACAUAUCCGAAACCUUAUUGAAAUUAUGUUUUGCACGCUUUGCGCCCGACGAGGCUGCCGCUGUGAAGCGUAAUGCCAAAUAUUAUGAUCAUCUAAAGAAAGUGGAAGCGAGCGCAUUGACAAAACAAUCCUGGAUGUAUUGGUUAGCUAAACAUCCAUCACUGUGGAGUAUGCUGCUUGAUGCAAAGGCCAAAAUAUUUUCGCGAAAAUCUUUACUGCCGGAACUAGUACGCUAAGGAGCCGUAAAUAUUACCAAACGUUUGCUGUGUGCUAAACAGCGUUUGGAUCUUACAUAACGAACUUUACUUCAAACUCUGUGAGGAAAGUCUGCGACUUUUAUGACAUUUUGAUAGCGUGCUUCUGCAUAGAAAACAAUACGUUUUUAGUACUUAGAAAUUUUAAGUGCCUACUUUUAUGAAUGCUUGCAUUUGUUUUGCAAUUUUUGUUUAAUGAAUUUAAAUUUUUGACAUUGUAUAUACAUUGCUCCACUCACAAUCUGGCGCCACUUUAAUGUCAAUAAAUACUGUUUAUAAAACGGUAGAAAUUAUUAUUGAAA